AUUAGGUGACUAACUGAUAGCUCCAUGAAAGAAAAUACUUGAAACAAAAGCAAAAGCCCAUUCCUUCUUCCUCAAUCAAGACAAAAAUGAGAAUCGUCAUAAUUACACAGUGUGUCAUAGAAAACCCCACCAAUGCCUUGUGAGGAAGAGAUGCAAUCUUCACAGUGCACUGAAAGGAAUAGGCAAGGGGCAAAAAAUGCCCCCAGAAGUACCUUAUUACCGUUCUUUUGCAGCUCCACCAGUUAAGUUUUCAGAUCCAAGCUCACCCGAAGCAUAUACCAUCCUGCCAAUUGGCCGCAAAUAUAUCAGAGGAAAGAAAACUAUGAAAAUUCCUGGAAGAAGAGUCAUACCUCUGCUUGUUUUCAUUUUAUCAACCAUCUCCAUCCUUAGACUUCUUAGACUAGCAAACAAUUCAUCUUCUGCUCCUCCACUACCAGCGUUUCCUCCAACUCUCCAGCACACAUGUAAUUCUGCAUCUCCAGAAUGCACCAACAUUCCAUCACAUGUGCCUGGCAGUCAAACCACUAAAUUUACAACCCCUGCCAAUUCAACCACUCUCAUGAAAAAAGAAUUUAAACUUCUAUCUGAUCUCAUUAGAAGUAAAGCCCCCUGCAACCUCCUUAUUUUUGGGCUGGAGCCCCAGUAUCUUAAACUGUCCUCAAUCAACUCAGAGGGCAUCACUGUCCUUCUAGAGGACAAUCCUGACAGGAUAAGUGCAACCAGAGCAAAAUCCAACAAUACUCGAAUCUACCAGGUUGACUACCAUCUACCUGCAAAGAAAGCUUUCAAACUGCUCAAGCAUGCAAGGAAAAGUCCAGCUUGUGCACCCAGCUCAGGAAGGCUUCAAAAUUCAACAUGCAAACUUGCUUUAACAAAUUUACCACAAGAAGUAUAUAAGCAGAAAUGGGAUGUAGUGGUGGUGGACGGACCAAGUGGACACUCACCAGAGGCCCCAGGCAGGAUGUCUACAAUUUACACAGCUAGUAUAAUAGCAAGAGCUGGAAACACAACAGAUGUAGUAGUACAUGAUGUGGACCGGACAAUUGAGAAGUGGUUUUCCUGGGAGUUCCUGUGUGAUGAGAACUUGAUUUCAUCAAAGGGAAAGCUCUGGAAUUUUAGGGUCACCGGUAAGUCAAAUUCUACGAGGUUUUGCACAGACUGAUGCUUUCAUUUCUGAGGUGUCUCAUAAAGAAUCAAGUCCCAUCAUUUCAUGAACAUUCUUUGAUGUGCCCAAGUGCAUCAUGAAAGCCAUGUGUUCAGAUGCCAACAAUUUUUUUUGCAUAACAGCCAAGAUAAUGGCAGUCAAGGGACAAGAUCCACACAAAAUCAAAUCACUGCCAUGUAUUAGAGAAAAUUUUCAAGAACAAAAAAAAGUAUAUAUCUUCAUAUAAUCAUGUAAAUCCUUAUAGAAAAAUAAUUUCAGCCAUGAACUAUAUGCCGGUCCAUAGCUUUUAGUGAGUAGAUUUACGUGUAGGUGAUAGCACUGGGAAUUGCACAUUUUACAGGUUUGUCAAACGAAAGAACCAUUUAAAUAAAAUAGCAGUUUCUUGUAUUG